AUGACAUUCUUCCCUGUUAUUAUUAAAAUUGCCAAUGUUUUGGCUUAUUUUUGCCUUCUCAGUGCUAAUAUUUACUCCGUAGCUGGCCCUGAUCAAGAUGAAUCUCCAUGGCAUGAAAACCAUCCGACAUACAUCACUCCAGCAAUAUAUGCAUUCUAUAUUUGGGGUAUCAUUCACUUCCUCUUUGGUGGUUUCAUCAUCUAUCAAUUCUUUUCCUCAGCAACUGAAACAGUCACCGAAGGCAUCCACUGGCACUUUGUUUCAAUCUCCCUAUGGAAUACUCUCUGGCUCUGGCUCUGGCAAAAUGACCAUCUCUUCCUCUCUUUCAUUGUAAUCCUUAUCACCGGUUCACAAGUUUCUUUCGUCUACUACAACGUCCGUAACAAAUUCCAUGCUCAGGGUAUUAAUGACCAACUCUGGAUUCAUGCUCCGUUCUCACUUUACCACGCCUGGAUCUUGGUCAUUGUUAUCAUCAAUCUCUUUGCUGCAUUCACCCAAGAAGCUGAAGAGGAUGAGAAACCAAAACUUAUCACUAAAAUCUUGGUCUUCCUUGGUUUAUUCUUCCUCCAAUCAACCGCUGUCAGUUAUAUUGAAUACUUCAAAGGUGAUUUCGCCGGUUCUCUCGUCAUCGCCUGGACCUUGUUCACCAUCUAUCUUGGACAAUCUGACAAAUUCAUUAGCUGGUCGGCAUUAGUAUUUACCGUUUUCACUAUCUUCCAUUCACUCAAACCUCUCGUCAAGAAAUACUUCUUUUCUUCACACGAAGAAACUGCACCAUUGUUGGGAUAA